AUGAGCUACCCAACGGAUUCUUCGCCCAUGUUGCCACAAUCAGCGCUUACUCAAGCUGCUGCUGCAACUGCUGCUGCAUUACCCUUUGGUUUAGGUGGUAGUGAUUUCCCCGACGCGAAUGGGUUUCCCGUACAGCUCCCAUUAACCCCAACACUUAUGCGCAACUUAGGCGAUCGUUCCUAUGAUAAACGUAAAGGUGCAGCAAUGGAAUUGGAAAAUUUAAUCAAGCAACUUCAAGAAAAUGCAGCCUCGAUUGAAUUCCACCAGCAACAUCAGCUGCAACUUAAUCAAGAAUCACCUGCUUUUCGACUCAAUACGGACGUUGGGGCAUCCGGGACAGAGAGUGAAAGUAUUGAUGGGACUUCAUUAGCUCUAACCAAUCCAAGUCGUCAACGCAUUCCAGCAAUUAUUGAACUUUUAGGGAAUGAUUUUGCCUGUUCAUCCAAUGCCAAUCACCGGAAAGGUGGGUUGAUUGGAUUAGCAGCCACUGCUAUCGGUCUCAUGCACGAUGCUCAUCUGUAUUUGGAUAAAUUACUUCCUCCCGUUUUGCAUUGUUUUGACGAUCCAGAAAGUCGGGUUCGCUAUUAUGCGUGUGAAUCACUGUACAAUAUUGCCAAAGUGGCACGGGGUCAUAUAUUACAGUAUUUUAAUCAGAUUUUUGACGGGUUGUGCAAGUUAUUUGCUGAUGUCGAUGUGGACGUAAAGAAUGGUGCGAAUUUACUGGAUAGAUUGGUCAAAGAUAUUGUGACAGAGAGCGAAUACUUUGACGUGGAUAUGUUUAUCCCCCUUUUGCACAAAUACAUCCGGAUGACCAAUCCUUACAUUCGUCAACUUUUGGUUGGAUGGAUCACCGUGCUGGAUUCCGUGCCGGAUAUUGACAUGUUGGAUUGGCUGCCAGAGUUUCUGGAUGGGUUGUUUAAUAUGUUGAGUGACGGCAAUAGAGAAAUUCGACAGGCAGCAGAUAGUGCGCUCGCGGAGUUCUUACGCGAAAUUAAACAGACGGAUGAUGUCGAGUUUGGUCCCAUGGUGGAUAUUCUUGUAAGACAAUGCAACAGCAAGGAGCGAUUCAAUCGAUUGACAGCGGUGAGCUGGGUGCAGGAGUUUGUGAAUCUGGGAAGAGAGAAGCUGGUGGAGUUUUAUGCUGACCUGUUGGCUGCCAUCAUGCACUGCAUCUCGGAUGCAGAGCAUGAAAUUAGGCAGGUGGCUGAGCGCGCUAAUGAUGAUUUGCUACAGCUUGUGAAAUCGACAACAGAAGAUGUGGAGUUGCUACCACUUAUGCAGAAACUCACGUCAGAGCUAAGUAGUGACCAUGUACCUACUCGAAUGGCGGCGUUACGGUGGAUUUCGAUGUUGCUAGAAAAGUACCCCAAUCAGCUUUCAGCGCAUAUCGGAAAGCUGCUACCAGCCCUGCUUCGGACACUUUCGGACAUCUCAGACAGCGUUGUGCUACUGGAUUUGGAAGUGCUUGCUCGCAUAUCACUUAACAAAGUUGAGUUUGAGAAGGUACUCAAUGCGAUCCUACUGCUCUUCGCACAGGACCGACGACUACUCGAAAUGCGUGGCAGCAUGAUCGUGCGAAAGUUGUGUGUGCUUUUGGAUUCCAAGAGCAUUUACCUCAUUUUUGCAAAGGUGCUAGGCACAGAAGCUGUCUACCUGGAUAGCCAAGCAGACAGUGAGUUUGCUGCCGUCAUGGUUCAAACAUUGAACCUCAUUUUGCUGACAGCAAAUGAAUUGGAGCACCUACGUGAUAUUUUACGACGCAGCUUUCAACCCCGUGCCUCAGAAGACGACGUCCGAGUAUUUACGGUGCUCUUCCGAUCGUGGUGCCAUAACCCAAUUGCAGCAUUCAGCCUUUGCUUGUUGGCCCAAUCUUACACGCUCUCUGCAGCGCUCAUUAGCAAAUUUGCUGACAUUGAUGCAUCCGUUGGGUUCCUGAUGCAGAUCGAUAAACUCGUGCAGCUGCUGGAAUCACCGAUCUUCAUCCACAUGCGGCUACAGCUUCUAGAGAUUCAGGAGGACUACCACACAGACCUAGUUAAAAGUUUGUACGGACUGUUAAUGCUACUCCCACAAAGUGCCGCUUUUCGGGUGUUACGGGACCGGCUAGCAAGCGUGACGAGCAUGGCCACAGCCAUCGGCCGUAUAGACUUGAAUGGCGACUCACGUCGGCUACGUAAGAGUGAAGGUGCAUUUUUGAACUCGUCAAAUAAUGAUGCUAAUGUGUCUGUUGCUCCGCGCAUUGAUGCUGAUACACUACUCGCUCACUUUGAGAAUGUCCAAGCGAAGUACACGGAGCUUCGAAGAAAAGGAAUGUACGAGAAAGCGCUGGCUAAGGAACAAAAUGAAGCCAGUACUUGA